AUGGCGGAGAAUCUAAGAAUCGCAAUCAUUGGCGCAGGCAUGGGCGGGCUUGCCACGGCCCUCUCUCUUGCAAAAGCCGGCCACAAGAACAUCACGGUGUACGAGCACGCGUCAAACCUCGGUUUCGUGGGCGCCGGUAUCCAGCUGGCACCCAACAUGGCCAAAAUUCUUGAUAAGCUGGGCGUAUGGGAACAGAUCGCCGCUGAAGCCGUCCAAUGCGCAAACACAUCCAUCCGCGAAGGCGUCUCAGACAAAGAGCUUGGUUAUGUAGACCUAGGCUACGUCAAGGAGAAGUACGGUUACCCACAUAUGGUCGGGCACCGCGCAUCACUCGCGGGCGGACUGUACGAGGGCUGCCAAAAAGAAAGCGGUAUCACGUUCAAGCUCGGCAAUAACAUCACAGAUGCUCGCUUCGGCGCAAAGUCCACAUUCAAGGUCACACCCACCAAAGGUGGCGAGCCUGAGACAAUUGAAUGCGAUGUUCUUCUGGGUUGCGACGGCGUGAAGAGCAACACACGCGUCGCUAUGCUGAAGGAGCUCGGCGAAACAGCAACAGUCAAAGACUCCGGCCAAGCGGCGUAUCGCAUUAUGUUGAGCCGCGAGCAAAUGUCCCCCUACCCAGAGCUUCUGAAGCUUAUCGAUAGUGACACAGUAACACGCUGGAUUGGCGAGAAGAAACACAUUAUCGCAUAUUCAAUCCACAACAAGCAAAUCUACAACCUUUCGACUGCCCAACCUGACGUCAACUUUGCUGGCGCCCCAGAUGCCCAGUACACGACCAGGGGUAGCAAGAGUGCAAUGCUGGACGUUUACAAGGAAUUCUGCCCUAUGAUCCAGACAAUGCUGAAUCUGGUACCAUCAGACGAGGUCGUAGAGUGGAAAUUGAGAGUACACGAUCCGCUACCGACAUGGGUUAUUCACAGCAUGGCGCUCGUCGGCGAUGCCUGUCAUCCAACGCUGCCGCACAUGGCGCAGGGCGCGGCGCAGGCGAUUGAGGAUGGUGCUGUACUAGGUGUUGUUCUUGCUCCAUCGCGGCUCGGGGACGCAAGCCCAGAGACGAUUAACAAGGCCCUGAAGCUGUACGAGAAGCUCAGGAAGCCGAGAGCGGAGGCGCUUGUUGAACUUGCAGCAGAGAGUGGACGGAACAUGCAUCUUGGUGCUGGUAAGGCGAAGGAGGAGCGGGACAAACAGUUUGCUGCAUUGAAGCUGGGGGGUGGCAAGGUUCCAGACAAGUGGGCAGAUGCGGAUGUACAGGCCAUGGUGUAUGGAACAAACGUGGUGAAGCAGGCCGAGGACCUGUGUCAGGAAGAGGGCCUUGUGGCGAAAUUGUAA